AUUGUCACCUCCACGUUUGCUCACGCGCACGCUCCAGCCACCGCGCCUCCCCGCCCUAUAAAUCCCAGCCCGCCCGGUGGCACAAGCAUCACAUUCCUCAGCCCACUUCUCUCUCCAUCCCUACACUGUAGACAGCCAUGUUCCGCAAGUCGAUUUUUCAAUUAUUCUCGCGUGCGACGACGAGCGAGGCCAAGAUGAAGGAACGUCAGAACAAUGCACAGCCCGCACCCAGGGCAGAAGCUGCCCCGGUUGGCGGCACCUCCUCCACUGGCCCAUCAAGCAGCACUCCAGUCGCGAGCGGUAGUCACGCAAGUAGGAGCGCGACCACACACGGCGGCACGUCCUCCGGCGUUCAUCACGCAAAGCCUGCUCCUGCCUCCGCGGCACCCGUGCAGGACUCAAAGGCGCAAGCACAGGAGGAGCGACGCGCACGCCAUGCGAAGCUGUUCGAGGAACACGGCAUCAAGGCCCGCGACUUUGCGUACGAGAGCAGGCACCCGCCGAUCAAGUCUGUGCCGUACUUCCCGCCGAUCCAGUUCCAGCCCGACCCGUACAAUCGCACCAGGAUGACCUACGAGGACCAGUUUGAGCCCGACGAGUACACCGGCCGGACAGCCUACUUUGACGCUGAGACCGGAGGCGUCUCUGUCGGCCUGCUGCCCCCCUAUAAGCGGCGCGCCCUCGAGCGCGUCCCUACGGAGCCUGCCAUUGACUUUGCGCCGCCGCAGCCAACGGACGACUAUGGCCUGUCAGGGUUUCCAGCCGUCCAGUUUGCCGCCGCCCCAGUCACCCCGCAACGCAACACCCUGCAACGCACGUUCGCCCUCAUCGGGAGUCCGGUCGCUGGCCCGUCGAAUCGCCGAGGCGUUUCGCCGUCUUCGCCACCCGACCUCCAAGGGGUCUCGCAAGAAACAGAAGACUGGACGGACACGCCGCUAGCGACUCCGCGCAAUAACGCACGGUCGCCUGUCGCAAAUACCAGCGCGAUCCCCGCCACGGAGCUCGACACGCCCUCUCGCGUCCCCCCUGCGGAGGACGUGUCCUUCUCUCAGCUAGGGCUCACUCCCGAGAACUCUCCCGCGUCCACGCAUGGUCUGCGCCGUCAACGCGCAUUUUCGCAAUUGCCCGUCGCACAGCCGUACUUCCCGACUACUCCGAGCUCAACACACAACGCCUCCGCGCCACAGUCACCGGUAGCUCGUCUCCCCGCUACGCCCACGCCUACACGCAAACGCAAGUACAAGGAGGUGGCCGAGAACCCGUCCAUUGCCCGGUCCUCUCACUACAACCUGCGCGAAAGGGCCACUGCGUUGUACAGGUCCGCCAGCCGCGGCCGCCUCACGCGGUCCAUGACGAUAUGUGUAGAUGUCGACGUAAAGCGCGGCUCGCCCGCCAAGACGCAUAGGGACGUCAAGGAUUUGACAAGCCCACGGCCGAGGAAGAGUGCGAGAUUGUCGCGGACGUGAAUGAAGGCCAGGAGUGAGAUGAGAUGUGUUCGUAUAGUGUUUUGUCGUUGCCGUUUGGCUAUAUUCGUGUGAGGCGUGCGUGCCACUGUCCAAUCUCUGCUGUGGUCUGCGCGUCGUCACUGCUAGUGUCUGAGUACAUUCGAUUGUCGUAACUUAAUCCUUUUUUUUGCUCUCUAUGCUUACGUUCCGUGCGUACCACGAUUCACUGGACGGACAGGUCUACCCUCAUGUUCUCGAUACUUGUACGAUAGUCGACAUCCUAGGUAUACUGGCAUUCAGGAUGGUCCGUUGCAGUCUCUCCCACAUAUACUAACGUCGAUGUAAGAGUAUGCAACCGCGACAUGUAGCUUUCAGAAUUUUAAGUUUGGUAGCUGUUGCGCUCGUAAAUGUGGUG